AUGGGUGAAGCAGUACGCGGGGAGGGGGGAUGGGUGAAGCAGUACGCGGGGAGGGAGGGGUUGCAGUGUAGGUGUGUAGGUGGUAUGUUGCAUGGCAGCAAGGGGAGAGUGGCAAGCGAAAAGUGCGCCAUGUGCAAAGCGACCAGGGGUGCAUACCAUGGUGGCAAGACGGGUGCAUACCAUGACGGCAAGACGGGUGCAUACCAUGACGGCAAGACGGGUGCAUACCAUGGUGGCAAGACGGGUGCAUACCAUGGUGGCAAGACGGGUGCAUACCAUGGUGGCAAGACGGGUGCAUACCAUGGUGUGGAUUUGGGUGCGGCAGGUGAUAAAGCCGUGUGGGCAGGUGCUAAAGCCGUGUGGGCAGGUGAUAAAGCCGUGUGGGCAGGUGAUAAAGCCGUGUGGGCAGGUGAUAAAGCCGUGAAGGCAGGUGAUAAAGCUGUGUGGGCAGGUGGUAAAGCCGUGUGGGCAGGUGAUAAAGCCGUGUGGGCAGAUGAUAAAGCCAUGUGGGCAGGUGAUAAAGCCGUGUGGGCAGGUGAUAAAGCCGUGUGGGCAGGUGAUAAAGCCGUGUGGGCAGCCGUGUGUGUGCGCAGUUGGCAUGCUUGUUUGCAGGUGCAUGUAAGUGUCUUCCAUACCAAUGUGUUGCAUGGCUCUCACCGUUGCAUGAGUUGGUCCCUCGCCUCGCGCUCGUCUGCUGCCUCCCUCUGA